AUGAACGCAGCUACCCCAUUCCGAGCCCUUACUGUCAAGGCAUCAAUAAAUGCAACGGGUCCACACAAUUUCCAGAUACGCACCUACGCACUAAGCAAGCACAUCUUCCUUUCCGAGCUGGCACUCGACCCAUUCUUUGACCUCAAUGGAUGGAUUGAUCAGCCCUUUUUUGUCGAGGUGUUUCUUUCUUUAAUCGACCGGAACACUGGAUCCUCCCGAAUAACAGAAAGAACAAGGUUGAACCAUGAGCUCGUCUCCCACCAUAUCAACACCUAUAUUCAUAACAGCUCUUACACCCGCAUCUCCCUCUUAAACGCCCACCAAUCUGCUAUGUACGAGGCCACAAAAAUUCACGUCGUCUACAUAGUCAAUAUCAAGAUAAGGCUUGGUCAGAAAUUCCGCCGAAUAAUCAAUAUCUUGCUUGCUAUGAGAAGAAGACAGCGAGGGCUUACCAAACACCUGGGCAAACAAGGAGCAACUAGGGAACAAAUCAAAAGAAUGCUAACACAGAAUAUCUUCCAACCUAUCAUAAUGUUCAAAGAAAAAGCGUCAACUCGACGACUUGAAGACGUCUUCACCAAAGAAGGAUAUAGAAAUGCCUUUAUGGCAAUCUCUCCCAUCCUGACCUUCUUUUGUAUCGUCCAACUACUAGGGAAACUUGGUCAUCGAUGCUUCAAUUGCUUCCCUCUUCGCCGAUCCUGGUUCGCCAUGCUACAUGCAAAUUGA